GACGAAGCGAGCGUCGGGUUCAAAUCUAGGACUCGGAAAAUUGAGAGUCGGCUCUCGUCCAGGAUCCAUGCGCAAACUCGUGUGCAGGGAUCGCGACUCGGAAUCGGACUACUGGUGACAUCUAUCGGCGCAAUGCGUAAGAUCGAUGCUGAAACUCGCACGCCAUCGGAGCUGCCAGAUGCUCCGCUUCGUACGAUACAGGAGAUCGCGCACGCAGGAUGGCACGCGGAUAGUCGAGGACUUUUUAACAUUUAUUUAUAUUUUUCACAACACGCGAGGCAAUUGCGAUGGCAUCAACUUACAUCAAGGAUGAAACGGGUACGUUUAUCCCAGCAAGCCAACGACCCGAUGGCACGUGGCGCAAGCAACGGCGUGUGAAAGAUGGAUAUAUUCCUCAGGAAGAAGUUCCAUUAUACGAAAGUAAAGGAAAGCAAUUAGUAAAGAAGCCUUUGUAUCCUGUGGGUGCCAGUCCAGAAUUUAUAGCAGAACACAAAGCCAAACUGGAGGCGAAGAAUAAAAUGAUACCCGGUAUGCAAGCGAAAACUCAAGAAGGAUCCAAGAAGAAGAAAAAGAAGAACAAAUCCAAAGUCGUAGAACCUGUUGUAGAAGGAUUGUCCAAAAUUACGAUCUCAGAGCCCGAAUUUCAUAAAGAAAUUCCAACUCACACCAACAAGUCACUGUCCACUACGAAACAGAUCACGACAAACAAUGUAACUAAAGACAAUUCAAACACCGCGCAGAAAACGACAACCGAUCCGCAGAAGAGAUUAAAGAAUCUUCGCAAAAAAAUUAGGGAAAUAGAAGUGUUAGAAGAUAAGAUCAAAACUGGUGCUCUGAAAAAUCCUGAUAAGGAAAUACUCGACAAAGUCGCGCGGAAAAUGGAGAUUUCUAAGGAGAUAAAAAGAUUAGAGGCUGCUUUAUAGAUCAUAUCUGAUUAAAACUUUUACACAAAUUUUAUUUGGCAGUACCAGAAAAUGGUGCGAUUAUAAAACUUGAACCGGUAACGAUCCUAUUAUACAGCAAAGCCAAUCUUCGUUCCUCUCAACCAUUAUAUUGCAGUUUUAAUAUCGCAUCUCACAUUAAUCAUUUUUUAUUUAACAUGUAUAGAUUGAUAAUAUUGAUGCAUACAUUUAUAUGUAUGGCGAUGAUACUAGCUAUUUUUCAGCUAGGACACUGAGCAUUACACUGUAUCGCUGUGUAACGUUCUUGUUGGAACGAUCAGAACUCUAGACUUAACAAAACAAUAAUAAUAUUAAUGCUAAUAAGUAUUAGGAAAAUGUUAUUAAAAUUAUUAUCACAUUAAUAUCACAUGGUAUAAAAUUUCUUGGUAACACUGAUAUAUUUUACAUGCUCAUACAUCUUUUUAUCGUGUCGACCAAUGUAACUUCUGUAUCAGUGUAGCACUGUGCCACAGUCGAAAUACUUUAUGUUAGACACUGUGUUACACUGUGUUUGUGUACCUUGUUGGAAAAUAGCCAACUAAUCGUCGACGAUUUCUGAUACUUGAUCAAAAAACUUAUACAUGCAUCUAUAUAAACAUAUAUGUAUAUAAGAGAACUUACGUAAAAAUUUUAAUAAAGACGAACGAAGUUUUCGUUAAUGAAUUAUCUUCUGCACGUCAUAAUUUCACCCUUUUAAAUCGAUUAAAAGGGUAAAAUAAAAACCAAUUUUAGAUGGAUUUAUAUUAACGAUCAGAAUGAUCUAAGAAAUAUAUAUAGACAUCUGUGAGAGUGUGUUUUAAUGAGAAUUAUUAUGCAUUUAAUGUGAUAAGAUAAACUAUUGAUUUAUAAUAUUUAUAGCGAAUAAAUUCAAAAUCAUAAAAGUAAAAACAUUGUCAUGCUUUUAUGAGAAAGAUAAAUGUUCUCUAUUAUUUCCAAAUUAUUAUCACAUAAGCUUUUGUUAAUAGCAAUUUUAUUAUAUCAAUAAAACAUUGUAAUUAAUUAUUGUAAAUUUA